AUCAGUUCUGUGUCUAGUGUUGUAUCCACAACAUGAUGAGAAGUGUGAUUGUUUUGUGUUUGUUUGCCUUCGUUUUCGCCGAAGAGGCCGAAAACAAACAGAAGAAACGCGGUUUGGAGCUCGGAGGCUUUGGAGAACAUGACUUUGGAGGUGAUUUAGUUGGACACGGUUUGGAACUUGGAGGAGGUGACUUUGGAGGACACGAUCUGGGAGGACACGAAAAAGUGCACGUUAACACUGUCACCAAACAAGUACCUUAUUUGGUACCCAAACCAGUUCCAUACACUGUCAUCAAAAAAGUGCCAGUACCAUACAAAGUACCUGUGAAGGUCGACGUACCAAGACCAUACCAUGUGUCAGUACCAAAGCCAUACCCAGUCAUCGUCAAGAAGCCAGUACCAUACCCAGUGGAAAAACCUGUACCGUACCCAGUUAAAGUACCAGUCAAAGUACCGUACACCGUUAAAGUACCAAUCCACGUCCCAAAACCCUACCCAGUCGAAGUACCAAAGCCAUACCCAGUUAAAGUACCUUACACCGUUGUAGUAGAGAAGAAGGUACCAAUCCAUAUUGAUUCUCAUGAUGGUGGCGAUUUUGGUGGCGAUUUCGGAGGGCAUGGAGAAAUCGAUUUCGAUACCACAUACCUAGUGGAAAAAUUUGUACCGUACCCAGUUAAAAUACCAGUCAAAGUACCGUACACCGUUAAAGUACCAAUCCACGUUCCAAAAUCCUACCCAAUCGAAUUACCAAAGCCAUACUCAGUUAAAGUACCUUACACCGUCGUAGUGGAGAAGAAGGUUUUGCUUUGUGUCAGUUGUUUGGUUUUCGCCGAGGACGACAAGAAACAUUCAAAACGUGGAUUAGAAUUAGGUGGAUUCGAUGGAGGUUUUGGAGGACACGAUUUUGGUGGUCAUGAUUUCGGUGGACAUGAAGUUAAAACUAUAACCAUCACCAAGAACGUACCAGUACCAGUACCACACCCUGUACCAGUUCCUGUCAUCAAACAUGUUCCAGUACCAUACAAGGUUCCAGUAAAAGUACCGGUUGAUCGUCCAUACCCAGUGCCGGUACCAAAACCAUAUCCAGUAACAGUGGAAAAACCAGUACCGUACCCAGUAGAAAAACCAGUACCAUAUCCAGUGAAAGUGCCAGUUAAAGUACCCUAUGCGGUUAAAGUACCAGUUCAUGUGCCGAAACCUUACCCUGUAACUGUGCCGAAACCAUAUCCAGUUAAAGUACCCUAUCCUGUUAUUGUUGAGAAGAAGGUACCGAUUCAUAUUUCAUCCGGACAUGGAUUUAGUGGCGGUUUAGAUUUUGGACAUAAAUUCUAAAGAGGUUCGUCAUAUGUUUUGUUGGAAAUGCUUA